AUGAUUCCAAACAACGUGCAGAAGGUUGACGUCGCGAUUAUUGGAGCAGGAUGGUAUGGCUUGGUGGCCGCCAGAACAUACCUUCGUCUGCGACCUGCGGCCAACCUCAUUAUUAUUGACAGUGACAGCACGGUGGGCGGGGUUUGGAGUCGGGACCGAGUGUAUCCUAACCUUGUCGCCCAAGUUAGGCUCGGGCUGUUUAACUAUACCGAUACUGCCAUGUCCCCCAACGGUGGGAACGCAAAAGAUGAGCGGGUCACCGGAGACAUGAUCCAUAACUAUCUCCAGCAAUACGCGGAGGACCAUGAUCUGCUGCGCCGGAUUCGCUUCAACACCUUCGUUACCAACGCGUCCCGGGCAGACGAUGGAUGGCGUCUGACUUUCAAAGACUCCACAGACGUGAUCAUAGCGGAGAAGCUACUCGUCUGCACGGGUGUGACAUCCAUUCCUUAUAUUCCUGAGUACCCCGGCGCCAAGACCGCGACAGUUCCCAUCAUUCACUCGCGGGAUCUGGGUAUCUCGUACCCCAUGCUGCAGAACCCGUCCGUAGAGCACGUCGCUGUGGUUGGCGCGGCCAAAUCCGCCUAUGACGCUGUCUACUUACUUCUCUCAAUGGGCAAGAGGGUGACCUGGAUCAUCCGGCGCGAUGGUGCUGGUCCGCUGGCGAUCCUGCCAUUCAAGAUUCUGGGGCUGAUGAACUCAAUCGCCGUCGCAUCUACCCGUCUCAUGACGUACUUGACACCGUCCAUCCUAAACACCAAGGGACCGUUAUACUGGGCGUUUCAGCGAAACCCUGUGGGGCGUUGGUGCGUCGGUAGAUUCUGGGAUACACUCACCUACCUGAGUCACGCCCAUGCGGGAUACUCCAAAGGCGAUCAUGUUCAGAUGCUGAGACCGGAAAUUGACCGACAAAGUGUCUUCUGGGCCAAUUCCGGCUUGGGAGUCGUCACCCUUCCCGAUUUCUGGCCAACACUGCAUAGUCCCAACCUUACCGUGCUCCGGGAUGCCAUUGGCACCAUCAAGGGGGAUAAUCUCUCCCUGCAGUCCGGGCAGACUCUACGGACGGACUGUCUGGUCCUCUGCACUGGCUGGGGAGAUCACUUUGGCAUGUUCGAUGAGAAGACAAAGGCAGAACUGGGACUUCCUCUAUCCACUCCCGCUGAGCCGUCCUCCAGCGACGGUGUCAACUGGAAGAAAUAUGACGCCGAGGCCGAGAGAGCUGUGGAUCAGCAACUGCCGUUCCUUGCUGAUCCGCCCAAUUUGAAGUAUACCCACCGCAUUGGGACCCAUCGCUACUGGAGGUUGUAUCGUCGCGCGAUCCCUGUCGGACUUGCACUGAAAGGGGACCGGUCCAUCGCCAUCCUAGGGCAGAUCCACACCGUUCAGACACCCCUGGUUUCCGAGGUGCAGUCCUUUUGGAGUAUACUGUAUCUUCUUGGGGAACUCGACCUGCCUAGUGCGGAUGAGAUGGCGAGGGAAGUCUCGUUGUGGAAUGCCUGGACUCGGAAGAGGUAUCUUACGCAGGGGCACAAGUUUCCCUACUCUCUGUACGAGUUUCUCCCGUACGUUGACACUCUAUUUCACGACCUCGGGUUGAACAGCCGCCGCAAGACCAAUAAAGUGGCUGAGCUGCUGGAGCCUUAUAAGCCGGAGGAUUUCAAUGGGUUUAUUGAUGAAUAUCUCGCAAGACAUGGUGGCACAAAAUCCGGUCCUGCAAAUGGCCAUAAAUCUUAG